CCCUACGUGGAGCCCGUGUUCCGGCCGCCCGCGGAGGCCGGCUCGGUCAUCCUGCAGGUGACGAACGGCUGCUCGUGGAACCGCUGCUCGUUCUGCGAGAUGUACACCGCCCCGCAGAAGGCCUUCCGGGCGAAGCCCAUGGAGGAGGUCGAGUCCGAUCUGCGCCUGCUGCGCGCGCUGCCUCUUGGCCGCCCGCCCGGCGUACCGCCGCGGGUCUUCCUCGCGGACGGGGACGCGAUGUCGUUGCCAGCCUCGCAGCUGCGCGGCAUCCUGCGGCGGAUCGCCGAGGCCUUCCCGGACGUCGCCCGGGUCUCGUCGUACUGCUUGCCCAGGAACCUGCGCGGCAAGAGCGUCGAGGAGCUGAGGGCGCUCCGCGCCCUUGGCCUGCGCACCCUGUACGUCGGCUGCGAGUCGGGCGACGACGAGGUGCUGCGCAGAGUCGGCAAGGGCGAGACGCGCGCCUCGCAGCUGGAGGCGCUGGGCAAGAUCAGGGAGGCUGGGCUCAAGGCGUCCGUCAUGAUCCUCCACGGCCUCGGCGGGGAGCAGCUGUCGCUCCAGCACGCGGAGGGCUCCGCCGCGAUGCUGAACGCAGCGCAGCCCGAGCUGUUGUCGACGCUGGUCGUCUCCUUCCCGCUCGGCCGCGAACGCCACGCCGCGUGUUUUGAGGACCUGCCCGGCGGCGGGUUCCAGGAGCUCAGCCCCGGGAGCGUGUUGCGCGAGAUGGAGCAGCUGCUGCAGCGCCUAGAGUUGCGCCGCACCAUCCAAGAGCGAUCACGCCUCGAACUACCUGGCGCUGCAGGGCGUGCUGGGCCGCGACAAGCACAAUAUGGCGAGGGAGGUGUGGACGGACCUCGCGGACGCAAUCAGGGGCGGGCGCGUGCCGCUGCUGCAGGCCCGUUGGGAGGAGGGCGACGGCCACACCGACAGGUACAUCUUCGCCUACGGGUCGUUCCGGGACUUCUUGACGCGCGAGUCGUUCCGGGGGAACGUGCGGCGCUUGGUGUCUUCCAAGGACAAGGCGCAGACCCCUCACGAGCAGGACUCCUCCGCCCGGGGUGCGUCCUCGAAGGACUCCUCCGCCAGGGGCGUGUCUGCGCCGAGCCCGAGCGCCGGCAGCGGGCUCGCGGAGUCGCCCGCCCGGAGCCCCGCGGGGCUGCCGGAGCAG